AUGAGGAUCCUAUCUUGGAACUGUCGGGGGCUUGGGAACCCACGUGCAGUUCGAGCCUUGCGAAGGCUCAUCCGUUCAAAAGAUCCUGACGUGGUCUUCGCCAUGGAGACUCGUCGUUCAGAUAGUGAGAUGGCAUCUUUGCGUGGUUUUGGUGGCUUUGGGAACAUCUUUCCAGUGUCUUGCACAGGUUCUGGCCGUUCAAGAGCUGGUGGCUUGUGUUUAUGGUGGGGAGAAGGAACUGAAAUUACGGUUCUGGCAGUUUAUGGGUGGCCUGAUGACCAGAAUAAAUGGCGCACUUGGCGAAUGAUAAAUGAUUAUAAGCCGGCUGAUAUCGUCCCUUGGCUAUGUAUUGGCGAUUUUAAUGAUAUCCUGAGUCCUAUGAACAAAAUUGGAGGUAACCCAGUGAAUGUGUCUCACAUUCACUUGGCUUUAGACACUAUUUUUGAGUGUGGUCUCCGAGAUGUUGACUAUUCUGGGUACCGUUAUACUUGGUCUAAUAAGAGGAAGUCUCCUGACACAAUUGAGGAGAGGUUGGAUUUUGCACUUCUUAAUGACAGCUGGUUAGAGUUGUGGCCUGUGAAUAAUGUUUCUCAUCUACCUCGGUACCGUUCUGAUCACAACCCCAUUCUGUUCGCUUGUGGUACUCGUAGGUCAUCUGUUUUUAGGCCGAGGGUCCACAUGUUCAGAUUUGAGGAAUUAUGGCUCCAAAGCGGGGCGGAGUGUGCAGAGGUGAUAGCGGAGACCUGGAACCGUACUGGACCGGAUAUUGUUUCUAAAUUAUCCGAGGAGGAGGUGGUUUGGUGCCAGCGAUCACGAGCCAAUUGGCUCCAUCAUGGUGAUAGGAAUACACAUUUUUUCCACACAAAGGCCACGCAGCGACGCAAAAGAAAUACGAUUGAGGAGCUGAAGGAUGACAGGGGGCGCAAAGUGGAGGAGGAUAAGGAUAUUUACCGGGUUCUAGCAGGUUACUUUACGAACCUCUUCACUUCCAAUGGUCCUGUCGACAUUGAGUCAGUCACAUCGCUAGUGUCAGGAAGAAUCUCACCACAUCACUACCAGAUCUUGUCCACUCCUUUUACUAAAGAGGAUGUGGAAGAGGCCCUGUUCCAAAUGCACCAAACUAAAGCACCGGGGUGUGAUGGUUUGCCUGCUUUGUUUUACCAAAAAUUUUGGCAUAUUAUCGGCGACGAUGUUUCACAUUUCUGCCUGCAGGUCCUUCAUGGAGACAUCUCACCAGGUAUUAUCAAUAAAACUCUUCUUGUUUUAAUACCUAAGGUAAAGAAACCUAUGCAUGCAAAUCAAUUUAGGCCCAUAAGUCUAUGUAAUGUGAUUUUUAAAAUUAUUACUAAGACCUUGGCGAAUAGGCUAAAAAUAAUUUUGCCUGAUCUUAUUUGCGAGUCUCAAACUGCCUUUGUUCCUGGUCGUCUGAUCACGGAUAAUGCCUUGGUGGCGUUUGAGUGUUUUCACUAUAUGAAGAAAAAGAUAAGUGGCCGUAAUGGCGUAAUGGCUUUAAAAUUAGAUAUGUCAAAAGCGUACGAUAGAGUGGAAUGGCCUUUUUUGGCGAGUGUAUUACAGCAGAUGGGGUUCCCUGCUUCAUGGGUGAGCCUCAUCAUGACUUGUGUGUCCACUGUGGACUUUUCUAUUAUGUUAAAUGGUGCACCUCAGGAACCUUUUCAACCUCAUCGAGGUCUUCGACAAGGGGAUCCCCUAUCUCCUUAUCUUUUUAUUCUGUGUGGUGAGGUGUUUUCUGCACUGAUCAAUAAGGCUGUAUUAGCGUCUUCCCUUCAUGGUAUAAAAAUUGCUAGAACUGCCCCUGUAAUUUCCCAUUUGUUGUUUGCAGAUGACAGUGUCAUUUUUGCCCGUGCUACAGUACAGGAGGCUCUGUCCAUUAAGGCAAUUCUUGCCAGUUACGAACAAGCUUCGGGUCAAGUCAUUAACCUUGAUAAAUCGAUGCUCUCUUGUAGCCGAAAUGUGCCAGAUGAUUGUUUUCAUGAGCUUAGACAGCUGUUGACUGUAAAGGCGGUGGAGAGCUAUGACAAAUACCUGGGGCUUCCUACCAUCAUUGGUAAGUCGAAGACUCAGAUUUUUAAUUUUGUCAAGGAGCGUGUUUGGAAGAAGCUUAAGGGCUGGAAAGAGAGGUCACUCUCUAGAGCAGGGAGAGAGGUGCUUGUAAAAGCGGUGGCACAGGCGAUUCCGUCCUAUGUCAUGUCUUGUUUUUUACUCCCUGAUGGGUUAUGUAACCAGAUUGAGGGAAUGAUUAGCCGGUUCUAUUGGGGCGGGGAUGUAACGAGACGUGGCAUGCAUUGUCUUAGUUGGACGGAUUUGUGCAAGGCCAAGGAUAAUGGCGGACUUGGGUUCAGAGAUUUUAAAAUGUUUAAUUCUGCUUUAGUAGCCAAAAAUUGGUGGCGUAUCAAAUCCAAUCCUGAAUCACUUAUGGGGAAGGUUUAUAGAGCGGUUUAUUUCCCGCGAGGCACGAUCCGUGGGGCUAAACGUGGCUAUCGCCCGAGUUAUGCUUGGUCUAGUAUUAUGCGAUCUGGUGAGAUCUUUGCAACUGGGGGUAUGUGGAAUAUUGGUAAUGGCAAAAGUGUUAAGGCUUGGUCAGACAAGUGGGUUCCAGGGACGGAUACACUGGUGUAUAGUGUGGAGCUUGCUCAACAUUUUGGAGUCACUCUUGUGUCUGACCUUAUGCUGCCGGGCUUGCUGGCAUGGAAUAGGGAGCUUAUCAAUUUUAUUUGUUGUCCGCCGACGGCGCAAGCGAUUAUGGCAAUUCCUUUGCCUCUUGUCCCUCAUGAUGAUGUUCUGUAUUGGCCCUUCUCUUCAGAUGGUCAUUACUCGACCAAGUCAGGUUACCAAUUCCUACGCCACGGCGCUGAAGCUGUUGUUGCGUCCUCUUCCCAGGUUCCCUCUCUUCCGCGUGCGAAUUGGAGGAAGCUUUGGAAAGCUGAUGCGCUCCCUCGAUGCCGUGAGACGGGGUGGCGGGCGUGCCUUGAGGUCCUUCCGGUGCGAGCCUACCUUCAUGCGCGCGGUUUGGUCACGGACCCGACGUGCCCGUGUUGUUUGGUAGCUCCGGAGACUGUCCAACAUGCGUUGCUCUUUUGCCCGAUGGUGCAGCCAAUUUGGUUUGCCAGCUCUCUUGGUUUCCGCCUAGCUCAUGAGUGCCGAGUGCACGAGUUUGUUUCUGAUUUUAUGCAGGUUGCAGACAUGUCCAGCCUUGGAGCUUUUCUCACCUUGCUGUAUGCGAUUUGGAUGGCCAGAAAUGAGCUAUGUUUCAAGGAGAAGGCUUCAACAUUGGAGCAGAUUUUGACCCAUGCAGCUUCACUCACACCGCUGCCACCUUUGGAGGGUCCUAUGGUUCCGCAAGUUCACCGUCCCAACACUUGGUCCCGUCCACAUCCGGGCACGUUCAAGAUCAAUUUUGAUGCGGCGAUGGCUCCUACCGGCGACGCAGGCUUCGGUCUUGUUGCUAGGAAUUCUCGUGGGGAAGUGUUGGCAGCAGCGUGCUCCUCGCAUGGUCCAGCAGCAUCUUCUUUGUUAGCGGAGGGGCUCUCUUUCCGUUGGGCGCUCGGUUUGGCUAUGGAUCUUGGUUUCCGGCGCGUCGUGUUCGAGACCGACUGUCUCCUUCUUUAUGAGGCGUGGAAGCGCCGGGGUGGUUGCUCUAUUUUAGACUCUUUGAUAUUAGACUGUCGUCGUUUGUCUUCUGGUUUUGAUGCUUUUGAUUUCAGUUUUAUUCGUCGUACUGGCAAUAGUGUCGCUGAUGCUUUAGCUAAGCGUUCUUUUAUUUUGGGUGUUUGGGUUUGGAUUGAGGAGAUCCCUCAAGACUUUUAUGGCUUAGUCCAAUCUGAUGUAAUGGCCUCUGAGCCCUCUGUUUCUUCGUAA